UCUUCUCAAUCUAAUGAAUGGGGAGUCUGCUUUAAGACCGUCCGCCCUGUCUGUCUCCCUCUCUCUGUGGCUGUGGCAAUGGCAAUGGCGAGGAAAAGCCAGAUUGGGGAACAGUACAACGGAAGGGUGACCACAAUUGUUGUUUUGUCUUGCGUGAUAGCUGCUGCUGGGGGACUAAUCUUCGGAUACGACAUCGGAAUUACAGGUGGAGUGACUUCCAUGGAGCCAUUUCUGAAGAAAUUCUUCCCAGGAGUCUAUACCAAGAUGGAAGAGGACACCAACAUCAGCAACUACUGCAAAUUUGACAGCCAAUUGCUGACAUUAUUCACAUCCUCCCACUAUGUGGCUGGCCUCAUUGCUUCCUUCUUUGCAUCGUAUGUCACCAAAUCCUAUGGCCGCAAGCCAGCAAUCCUCGCCGGAGGGGCUGCAUUCCUUGCUGGUUCCGCCCUCACUGGUGCAGCCCUGAAUGUCUACAUGCUCAUAUUUGGCCGUGUGUUGCUUGGUUUAGGUGUUGGCUUCACGAACCAGUCUGUGCCAAUGUACCUCUCUGAAAUGGCUCCACCAAGACACAGAGGAGCUAUCAGUAAUGGCUUCCAUUUUAGUGUUGGCAUUGGCGUCCUGAUGGCGAACCUUAUCAACUAUGGCACCGAGAAGAUCAAAGGCGGAUGGGGCUGGAGAAUCUCCCUUGCCAUGGCAGCUUUCCCUGCUUCAGUUCUCACUCUAGGAGCCCUCUUCCUCCCAGAAACUCCCAACAGCCUAAUCCAGCAAUGCAAUGAUCACCAAAAGGCGAAGCUGAUGCUGCAGCGAGUCAGGAGCACUGAAGAAGUCCAAGCUGAAUUCAAUGAUCUGAUAAAAGCAAGUGAGAUAUCGAAAACCAUCGAGCAUCCAUUCAAGAAAAUCAUACAAAGAAAAUACAGGCCUCAAUUGUUGUUUUUUGUGAAGCGGCAGCGUUUUGGCAAAGGCAGGAAGGCCUUUUGGCAACCCCUAUGGCUGCCCAAAACGGCAGCGUUUUGGGCUCUGGGUAGAGGGCCAAAACGGCAACCGUCUUGCCGUUUCACUUGGCGUGCUGAACCUUGUCUUUUAGCCUGCCUCCUCUCCGAUUGUCGAUGCUCUACUUCACCUUUAUACGAUGCAAUCUGCACUGUUUGAAUCUCCUUUAUAUCUGCUACAGUCGCCUCGGGAUGCGAAGGAAGACGGCCUCCGAUUAUCUACUGCAAUUAGGGUUUGUUUUAUCAUUCUCUUUCUUUCAUUCUCUCUGGAUAGAUGUUUUGUUUGUUUUUCGUUCUCUAAGUUGUAAGCCUCUGAUCUUAGAUUGUGAUUAUGGGGCUUAGUUAAUAUCUGAGAGAUCGUUCUGUACAGUGAGAUUGGAGAGUGGUUUUUGUUUGUUAUCGGUGGCUGUAAAUGCUUUUAUCCCUAUUGUGCAGUGAACUCCCUUUGCCGGAGCUCAACGUGAACGUAGCCCUCUUUAACGGGUGAACCACAGUAAAUCGUUUGUGUUUAUGU